AUGGCAGACCCUUUAAGCAUUGCAGCCUCAUUACUCGCAAUCUCCACAGCUGCGAUCCAGUCUGCAAAGUCUUUACGCGAGGCCGUUAAACGGUACAAAGGUCGGGACAAGACGCUUGGGAGGCUGCAAGAUGAGCUGGACCAUCUAAGUAAGAUUCUGGAAUCGUUAACCCAAACCGUUGCUACCGAGGAAUCCUUGUUGGCGCUUCUGCAGGGUCCUAUCGAACGAUGCGAUCAAGUAUGUCGUGAAUUUGAGGCGGCGAUGGAGGGUUUCAGCCAAAAGUCCAAGACUGGUUUCCGAGACUGGGCGCGGAUGGAAUUCAUGAGAGGGGAUAUUAACGAAUUCAUCGAAACCAUUGCAGGGUACAAGUCGACCAUCUCAGUCGGGUUAGGCACCGUCACUAUGCAAUCUUCGAAGAUUUCCGAAGGGGUCCUCUUAAAGUACACCGGGAUGAUCAAAGAUACGACAUAUAAUCUAGAGCUCCACCUGCAGCGGAUCGACGAUAAGAUAACACAGCCGACGACGGAUCGCAACGCUCAUGCGGAGAUAGGCAUCGAUCUAAGAGACGAGAGAGAAGCCACAAAACAAUGCCUCCAGAUCUGCGAGGAUUUGAGAUCGUAUUUCCAAAACCUGUCACUUGGAGCAUCAUCCUGCCUGCAAGACCCACCAGAAAAUGUUUACGAAUACCAAAGCUUUGAAGCGCAGACGCGGAUGCGCCAGACAAUCGAUGAAGCGCAAGAGAGCUUCGUGCAGAAAUCUGAUCAUCUUUCCAAACGUCUUGCAUCCUUACUCCGCGGUCAAGCUUCUGACAGUGAUCGGGUGAAACCGAUACAAGAUCUCAAGAUU